GACCUGCUAGUCGAGCGUUUAACCAGGAAAGCCUACGAGCUGCAAGAACAGGUUGCCCUGUUGGAAGCUCAGUUUGUGACCCAGGCGGAGGACACAAGAGUGACCCGGCAAGCAGUAAAUGAGGCUUGUAUGGAGGUCCAGGCUAUUAACAUGGAGAAAAAGCGCUUGCUGAGCCACUGGAAUAGCAGCUUAGCUGGAAUGAAGCAGAGAGACGAGGCCUAUGUUGCCACACAAGAGUUGCUGAGCAAGUACAGACAUGACCUCAAGUCCCUAGAAAUGGAUAUCCAUGGCUGUAGGAAGUCCAUCAGGAAGGAGGAGGAGAAGAAUGAGUUGCUGGUCACCGUCCUGAGCCGUUCGCAGAACGAUGCCAACACGACAAAGAAACUGCUUGCCCUGUGCCUUGAGAGGCAGGAGGCCUUGAAGGUUGGAUUUAGCACCUACUCUCGUGUUCUCCAUGAGACAGAGCAGGCCCUCAGCAGGACCAGGAUGGAUCAAGCUGCUCGUCUGGACGAGUUGCUGUCCAUCAGUAAGGAUAUAGAGAAGGGAACUGGUGCCAAAGAGCAGAUGGAGAAUGAAAUCAUGGCAAAGGUUCAGGACCAGAUGAUAUCCAGCAAAGCCACAAAGCGCUUCUCCCAGCUGACUGCAAAACUUCACAGGAGAAAAACGGAUCUGGAGCUGCAUUUUUCCAAGGUUGAGAAUGAUAUGGCCCAGGUUAUUCUGAAUGCAACACACACCACCUGCAGGCUGACAAUUCUCCAAAAAACACUUUGUGAGCUGGACAAGGAAAUGGCAACUGUCCACCAUCUGAUCAGCCAGGGUGAAAGGGAGAUUGCGAAGUGCAGUGUCCUGUUGGAGAACAAGCAGAGGGUCAUCAGCCAGUACAACAAGAGGCUGGAGGCGAUUCUUUCUCAGAAGGGGCAGCAAGAACUGAGCCCACUGGAAAUGGAGAUCAACAGGCUGAGCAAGCAGAUAGAAGAAUACAAUUCUGAGGUGGUGGCACUGCAGAACUACUGGCUCCAUCUGCAGAAAGAGCUGGUGAAGUUAACACACGAACGGGAGGAACAAGAAGCCUCCUUGGCUACGUUAAAGAGACAGAUGACGGUAAUGCAGCAGAAGAAGGUGCGCACUGAAAGUAAGUCAUUCCCUGAGUCUGUCCUCAGAUAUGAAAAGGACCUCGAACGUCACAUGAGGAACAUGUCAAAUGACUUGAUUAAGCUGAAUGUGUUGAUCAACAAGAACAACAGCAGCUUCAAGGACCUGCAGUAUGGCAACAUGAUCACAGAGAACGAGUUUGUACGCUCCCUCAAGGCAGCAGAAAAAGAGUCGGUGGAGUUGCAGGAGAAGCACAGUCAGUUGACUGAGGAGAAGGAGAGGCUCCUCAACAGCCUGGUGGAAGCAGAGCAUCAAAUCAUGCUGUGGGAGAAGAAGAUCCAGCUGACGAGGGAGAUGCGUGCCGCGAUGGAUUCCGAGACGGGACAAGGCGAGAUCCAAGCCAUGAGAACGGAGCUUCAUAGGAUGCAAGUCCGCUACGUCCAGCUGAUGAAGCAGCAGGAGAAGAUGAUCCGUGACAUGGAGGCAUCUGUUUCUCGCAGAGAGGCGAUAGCGACUCACGGAGGGGGUCAGAACAACACAGAUCAGAAACGUGUCGCCAAGAGCGGCUUCCGCCGCAAGAGGCAGGAGCUGAGGAAGAAGAUCAGCGAAGCCCAGAAGAAUGCUGAGGCCUGCACCAAAACCCUCCUGGAGCUGGAGAGCGCCCAGGCGUCCCUUAGCGCCUCCUUCUCCGAAAAGCAGCUGGCGUUGUGCCAACUGCAGGGUGAGUCCCACAGCCUCGAUUCGGACGCAGAAUGUCUUCGGGACAAGAAACGAUGGAACCUUUUGGAGAUUGUGGCCUACCAGACACGCCAGAAGCACCUGCAGGCACUGAAGGAAGGGAAGUACGCUCCCCUGUGCCGUACCGAGCAAGCCUGGAGAAAGGAGCAGCAGAAAGUGGAGGGCCGGCUCCGUACCAUCAGCGCCAUCGUCCACCAGCUCCAGCGGGAGCAUCCCCAGCACCGUGGGGCUCUCCAGGGGCUCAGCCACUGCCUGGGUGCCAGG